AUGUUUAUCCCAUCUCACGACGAUGAAGAUACUUCUGAAUUUAAAGAUAAAUUUAUGAACGAACCUGAAGGUUAUGCUCUCGAUCUUGUUCAGCCUCCUCUCGGAAUUCACGUAAGUGUUCAAUAUUCUGCAGUAUUCUGGUUUUAGCCAAAAGAGUUUGUGAACAUGUACUUUGGCCCUCGCUCUGAUGCCAAGAACCUGCAAUUCAGAAAGGGCACGACCACCUUAGCCUUCAUUUAUGAGCCCGCCACUCCUAACGAUAAAGGUGGAAUUGUUGUCGCUGUCGAUUCUCGUGCAAGUGCUGGUCAAUAUAUCUGUGAGUUUACGAUUUUCCGGCGGCUGAAGUGAGUCGCAGUGAAUUCUUUGAACCUUUAUUUCCAGCUUCGAAGAGUGUCAUGAAGAUUCUUGAUGUGGGAGAUCGAAUGGUUGCAACUAUGGCCGGUGGCGCCGCCGACUGUCAAUUUUGGACAAGGAUGGUUGCCAAAUACUGCACGUAUGUGUAUAGAGAUCUAAUAUGAUUAGUUUAGCUUGUUUGAACUGCGUGAGAAGAGUGAUAUCACUGUGGCAGCCACAAGCAAGUACUUUGCAAAUGUCAUGUACAACUGGAGAAACCAUGGAUUGUCUGUGGUGGGUUACAUUUAUUAUUUUGCAAUUAAUAUUUUAGGGCUCUAUGGUAGCCGGGUACGACAAACGAGGACCAGCAAUUUUCUAUGUUGAUAACGAUGGACAGCGACUUUCCCAGAGAGUUUGUUCGAUUGGUUCCGGAUCUCUGAAUGCUUACGGUGUUUUGGAUACCCAUUAUAAACCCAAAAUGACUGAUGAUGAAGCUCUGAAACUCGGUCGACGGGCCAUUAUGCAUGCUACCUUCCGUGAUUCCGGCUCAGGAGGUGUGUGUAAUGUCGCCCAUAUCACUCCGGUCGGAAAAACAAGAUAUCCUCCAAUUGACGUCAGUGAGCUCUACUAUGAAUUUGCAGCGGAACUCGGCAAAGAACCCGGUUAUUUGCCGGAGGACGACUCCUAA